AUGGUGCCCGUAUACACGGCAAAUCGGCUGCAACGUUGGAAGUUGAUACUUCUCGGAUAUGACUUUGAUAUCGAAUAUCAGAAGACGACAGAGUUUGGACAAGCUUACGUCUUGUCACGCCUGAUCCUUCCAAGACCGGUUCAUACAGAAGAUAUUGUGAUAGCCAAAAUUAAACAGGACAUUUUUGCUGUUCAGAGUGCUGCUGAGGAAGAGUCUAGGAAGGAUGAAAAGGUAUCGCAGGCCAUAUGGAUGCUGCAGACAGGAACAUGGCCAAGCAAGCCUAAAGAACAAAUCAACAGCUGGAAGGCUCUGAGCCACGCACUGUCAGUGCAGAACGGAUGCCUAUAUUUUGGCCACAGAAUCGUCGUGCCAGCCUCACUUCAAGAAGCAGUUUUGAAGCAACUGCAUGAAGGACAUCCACGAAUGACAAGAAUGAAGAUGCUCGUCUGA